CCUAUACGGUUGUAGGUUGCAUCAACUCCCAUCGUGUUCAGCUGAGUGUCUCUGCUUCUGUUGCCUUGUCAGUUGUGAAGCCAGUUCUCUUCUUCUCUUAUCCCAACCAAACCCUCCCCUCCUUCAUUCUUCUCAAUUUCAUUUUUUAGCUUUUUCCAAUUUAGGAAACCCUUUCAAUUUCAGCUUCAAAUUCAACCCCCCUUCUCAUUCACUUUGACUACAUACAGAUCACACAAUGGCUAGUCAAUCAAACGUUGAAUCAAUUCACGAUUUCACUGUUAAAGAUGCCAGGGGAAAUGAUGUUAAUCUAGGCAACUACAAAGGAAAGGUCCUUCUCAUUGUCAAUGUUGCUUCACAGUGUGGGUUGACUAAUUCAAACUACACAGAGCUGAAUCAGUUGUAUGAGAAUUACAAAGGGAAAGGACUUGAAAUUCUGGCAUUUCCAUGCAAUCAAUUUGGGGCACAGGAGCCAGGAACCAAUGAAGAGAUAGUAGAGUUUGCUUGUACUCGGUUCAAGGCUGAGUUUCCCAUUUUCGACAAGGUGGAUGUGAAUGGUGACAGUGCUGCUCCAGUGUACAAGUUUCUGAAAUCAAGCAAAGGUGGACUAUUUGGGGAUAGUAUCAAAUGGAACUUCUCCAAAUUCCUUGUGGAUAAAGAUGGGAAUGUUGUUGAACGUUAUGCACCCACAACUCCUCCUCUCAGCAUUGAGAAAGACUUAAAGAAACUGCUGGUUGCAUGAGUGAUUGGAGUUGCCACUAAAUGAAUAAUGAUUAGAAUAUACGAUGAAUAAGAAAUGUAUUGCAGAUGUUGGUAGAAUUUCCUUCGUAUAUGUACCGAAACAGUUGCUUAGAAUAUACCAUGAAUAAGAAAUGUGUUGCAGAUGUUGGUAGAAUUUCCUUCGUAUAUGUACCGAAGCAGUUGCUCGUGUACCUCUGAAUUACUUUCGUCAUCUUUAUAAAAUUGGGUAUCUAUUUUAUAUU